UACUUGCGGACUGUUGUACACACACACACACACACACACAGAGACACAGAGAGCGAGCCGGAGCGUUGCGAGCGUCGUCAAUGGGAAGCGUGCGAGACACAGCAGCGGCAGAGCGAGUCUAGAGAUCGAACAACCCCGCAGCAGCAGCAGCAGCAGCAGCAGCAGCAGCAGCUUUGGCAGCUUUGGCAACAGAAGCGGCAGCAUCAUGCUCUCCAGGUCCGUCCCGUGUUUAUGGAUUACAGUCUGCCUUCGUCUUUGCUGUUUUGUGGACAGCGGGGAAGCACAGAACGCGAAGGAAGUGAUUCUGCUGGACUCCAAGGCACAGCAGACAGAACUGGAGUGGAUCUCUUAUCCUCCCAAUGGGUGGGAGGAAAUCAGCGGUUUGGACGAGAACUACACACCCAUCCGCACAUACCAGGUUUGCCAAGUCAUGGAGCCCAAUCAGAAUAACUGGCUUCGGACUAACUGGAUAGAGAAAGGCGACGCUCAGAGAAUUUUUGUGGAACUCAAGUUCACCCUGAGGGAUUGUAACAGUCUACCCGGUGUGGUGGGCACGUGCAAGGAGACGUUCAACUUGUAUUACCAGGAGACAGAUUCCGAGGUGGGCAGGAGCUUACGAGAGAACCAGUACGUGAAAAUUGACACGAUUGCCGCCGACGAAAGCUUCACUCAGGGCGACCUGGGCGAGAGGAAGAUGAAGCUGAACACGGAGGUACGCAUCAUCGGCCCGCUGUCCAGGCGGGGCUUCUACCUGGCCUUCCAGGAUGUAGGGGCGUGCAUCGCACUGGUGUCUGUGAAGGUUUACUACAAGAAGUGCUGGUCUAUCAUCGAGAACCUGGCCACGUUCCCCGACACCGUGACGGGAUCAGAGUUUUCCUCGCUCGUCGAGGUCGAGGGCGUGUGCGUGAGCGACGCCGAGGAGGAGGCCGACAACUCUCCCAAGAUGCACUGCAGCGCUGAGGGAGAAUGGCUGGUGCCCAUUGGGAAAUGUAUAUGCAAAGCUGGAUUUCACCAGAAGGGGGACGCAUGUGAACCGUGCGGUCGUGGUUUCUACAAGUCCUCGUCCCAGGACCUGCAGUGCUCUCGCUGUCCAGCGCACAGCUUCAACGACCGCGAAGGCUCCUGGCGCUGCGACUGCGAGGACGGCUACUACCGAGCGCUCUCCGACCCUCCGUCCGUGGCGUGCACACGACCUCCCUCGGCGCCACAGAACCUGGUCUACAACAUCAACCAGACCACUGUUAGCCUGGAGUGGAACCCACCGGCUGACACUGGCGGGCGCAAUGACGUCAGCUACAGGGUUAUAUGCCGGCGCUGCAGCUGGGAGCCAGAGGAGUGUGUUCCGUGCGGGCCAAACGUGGGAUACUCCCCCGCACAGUCCGGAUUAGUGGACACCUAUUUGACCAUCAUGGACCUGCUCGCCCACGCUAACUACACUUUUGAGGUGGAGGCCGUCAAUGGGGUGUCGGACUUGAGCCGCACGCAGAGGCUGUUUGCAGCAGUGAGCAUCGCAACUGGUCAAGCAGCGCCAUCCCAGGUCAGCGAGGUCAUCAAGGAGAAAGUGCAGCAGCGCAGCAUCCAACUCUCCUGGCAGGAGCCACAGCAACCCAACGGCGUCAUCACGGAAUAUGAAAUCAAAUACUAUGAAAAAGAUCAGAAAGACCGGAUCUACUCCACAGUGAGGUCCAAGUCCACUUCGGCCACAGUGAACAACCUGAAGCCCAGCACGGCCUAUGUGUUUCAGAUCCGGGCUUUCACGCAGGCUGGAUACGGCACCUACAGCCCGAGAAUGGAGAUCACCACCAAGGAGGAGGCCACAGCUGCGAUCGUCUCCAGCGAGCAGAACCCCGUCAUCAUCAUAGCGGUGGUGGCCGUGGCGGGGACCAUCAUCCUGGUCUUCAUGGUGUUUGGCUUCAUCAUCGGGAGAAGGUACGCUCUCGCGGGCCCCAUUGACUCUCCGCUCCUGCACUGCGGGUACAGCAAAGCGGAUCAGGAGGGAGAUGAGGAGCUCUACUUCCAGUUCAAAUUUCCAGGCACCAAAACCUACAUUGACCCCGAGACGUACGAGGACCCCAACAGGGCUGUCCAUCAAUUUGCCAAGGAGCUGGACGCCUCCUGCAUCAAAAUCGAGCGGGUUAUUGGAGCAGGAGAGUUCGGGGAGGUGUGCAGCGGCCGACUCAAGCUGCCCGGAAAGCGCGACGUGUCCGUCGCCAUCAAGACGCUCAAAGUGGGCUACACGGAGAAGCAGAGGCGGGACUUCCUGUGCGAGGCCAGCAUUAUGGGACAGUUUGACCAUCCCAAUGUGGUUCAUUUGGAAGGUGUUGUGACCAGAGGGAAGCCGGUUAUGAUUGUCAUUGAGUACAUGGAGAACGGCUCAUUAGAUGCUUUCCUCAGGAAACAUGAUGGUCAGUUCACAGUCAUCCAGUUGGUGGGGAUGCUGCGGGGCGUAGCGGCGGGGAUGAGGUAUCUCGCCGAUAUGGGAUACGUCCAUCGAGAUCUGGCUGCUCGGAACAUCCUCGUCAACAGCAAUCUCGUAUGCAAAGUGUCCGACUUUGGCCUGUCGAGGGUGAUCGACGACGAUCCGGAGGCUGUCUACACAACAACUGGCGGCAAAAUCCCUGUGCGGUGGACGGCGCCAGAAGCCAUCCAGUAUCGUAAAUUCACCUCCGCCAGUGACGUGUGGAGUUAUGGUAUUGUCAUGUGGGAGGUGAUGUCCUAUGGAGAACGGCCUUACUGGGACAUGUCCAAUCAAGACGUCAUUAAGGCGAUAGAGGAGGGCUACCGUCUUCCAGCCCCCAUGGACUGUCCACCCGGCUUGCAUCAGCUAAUGCUGGACUGCUGGCAGAAAGACAGAGCAGAGCGUCCCAAAUUCGAUCAGAUAGUCGGCAUCCUUGAUAAGAUGAUCCGUAACCCUAACACCUUGAAAACCCCGGUGGGAACGUGUACAAGACCAAUUAGUCCACUGUUAGAUCAGAACACACCAGACUUCACCGCUUUCCGCUCGGUGGGAGAGUGGCUGGAAGCCAUCAAGAUGGAGCGAUACAGAGACAACUUCACAGCGGCUGGCUACACUUCCCUGGAAUCUGUGGCCAGGAUGUCAAUCGAGGACGUGAUGAGCUUGGGGAUCACGCUGGUGGGCCAUCAGAAGAAGAUCAUGAGCAGCAUACAGACCGCGAGAGCCCAGAUGCUGCAUCUCCACGGCACUGGUGUCCAGGUGUGACUAGGACGGACCUCCACCUCGGGCAGGGGCGGAAAAAAACUCCCACGGAACUGAAAUGGAGCAGCGUCCUGGACGUAACCAGGAUCUGCAAAGCAAACAGACAUCUGUCGUGUCUGUCUCUUCCGGCUGUGUCCGGAGCGAAAUCAUUCCUUUGUUCCUCAGUGAAGGAUUGUGGUGCGAGUCUUUAGAGGGCAGUAAAGAGAGGAGAAGGGCGACAAAGACAAAAAAACAACAAAAAAAAGAAACUACCUUGGCGAGACUCUUAUUUGUUCUUUCUUUGUUUUUACAAACUCAACCACAUAUCAAAUUGGACGCGAGUUUGAUGCUUAUGUUUCUUUAACGGAUUUCUCCUUUGAAAAAGAACACAAAACAAAAACAUCUAGUCUCUUUGCCAUCUUUGUUUUUUCUGAUUGGUUCACUUAGUUUUUAUCUGCCACAGUGACAUUUUUAAUUCUUUUUUUUUUUUUGCUCUUAUAUCUGUACUUGACAACAGGGUAAAACUUCUCUUUCAUCCAAAACAGAGGGAAAAACACUUUAGGUGCAGAUCCCGAGGCAAACCGGACCGUGUGAACUGUUUGCAGUGGUUCGUGUUUUCGUGCUUCACCUCGCGGCCGGGAGUGAGGGAGCAUUUGACGUGGCUUUCGGAUUUUUUUUUUUUGUAUUGAGGAGUUUUUCCGAUGAGUGCGACACUUGCUCUUCAAAUCACCAGACUUGUUUGUUUUUGGCUUUUGCUGUUUGUUUGGGUUUUUUCUUUCGUUAUCAGAGUAGCAAUAUCCUUUUGUCUUAGCGUUCACCACAGGACACACACAAACCGUGACUCGGUUAUUGAGUAGAAUGUUUUAGCACUGUUUGAAAGAUUGUACUGAAAUUGAAGCCAACGCUUAUUGUUUUGCCGUCAUUUUGCCUGAAAUGUUGCACACGGGAAUUUGUAAGGGUGGAUCCAACAAAGGUGUAGACGUAAUACUGCCUUAAAUAUGUUUAAUGAUUAAUUAUUGCCACUAUUUUAGGCACUUCAGUGGCGAUGCUUUGUGCAGUUCAUUUUAGAGGGUGAACAAGCUCCCCGUGUGUUUGUGUUUAGUUUUUUUUCUCUCUCUGGACACAGUUUUAAGGCCACAGGUUUAGACACAGUCGGCAAAGAGGAGGUGAAGUAAACAGAGCAAUAAUUACCAGGUAGAAAUCAGAGUUUGUUUUUUUUAAAGGUGCUAGGUAUAAACGCAUGCGUGUGCUGUGCUGAGACAAAACCUUUUGGGAAGAUUAAGUCACUGCUGCUGCAAGGGAAAGGAAUGUACCUCUUUGACCUAAAAAAAAAAAAAGAAAAAGGAAAAAAAAAUACAGCUGUGCCAAGUCAUGCAUUGAAAUAAUCAUGCCUUACUCUGCCACUAUGAGAUGCUAAACAUUUAAUGACAACCAAGUAUGGCAUGGAAGUGUUUAACCAAGUGGCUGCAGCGAUGAAAGAGGCAACAUUUGAAAACACUAGAGAUGUGCCAAUUAGAUUUGCAGAUAUCAUCUUCUGACACCAACGCGCCGCACAGAAAUCAAAGCGCCCCUUCAGGGUUUGGGUAUGAAAACGGAGGAACCUGCGUCUCGCUGUUAAGACGCCGUCAUUCUGCCUCUGUAGGCGGCGGCUUCACAGGCCCUUUUGUUUAUUCAUGCAUCUCCGCCGUUCAUCAUCCCUCAGGCAUGAACACAACAUGCAUUUAAGUGUCUCUUAAGAUGGCUCCCCCUUUUCUUCCACACGGUUGUAUAUGUGGAGAAAAGAGACAAGGGGGUUCCUCGCAGAAUGCAUCCUAAAAGCCAAGCGACCUAUUUGGUGCCAUCUGUCUCCACUUCAAAUGCAAAAGAGAGAGCUAGUUAGCGCGUUGGCGAAGUUUUAGUGCAGAAUGUUGUGUAUACAGCUCCAUUCAUCCGUUGCCAAAUGAGUUCACACAAUGCUGAUUAACCUAUCAGCUCCACGCGACUCUUUCUUUUUUUUUCCCUGUGUGAAAUCCUCAUGCUGCGCUCAGAGGGUGAGAGACAGACGGAAGCACAACCGCUUACAUAGCGCUAGCAAAGCAAGAUGGCCGCAAACACCAAAAGGUGCCCACGGAACGGUUCAGAAGUGGAGUCUACAGCUUCAAACAAAAAACAUGGAUAAACAUGGGUGGUCAGCAAGUUGAGGGGAUAAAUGUAUAUUGGGUCAGGGGGUGUUCUUUCAGUGGGAACGCCCUCUGAACUCACAUAUCCCAGUAUACAAGCACUGCUUCUUUUACGGUGAAUAGCGCUCCUGUUGUAUUUGUUUUACACAGUAAAUAUGUCGCCAUCUGGUAUUGCUAAUUGUGGCUAACAGCGACAAGCCCCUGGAUAUGUAUGUGUCCACUUGCAGCAUGUACAGGCGAGGCCAGAGUAACACGCCAGAGCGUUAAAAACAAAGAGUGGUGACACAAUAGGCAAUAGACCACCUCAUGUCGGUCCACCCUCCACGGGUGGCCGCGUAGACCGUGUUCUCUGAAGGAGGCGGCCCGUGUAUUAAGGCACAGCUGUCGAGUGACUAGAGAGCAUUACGUCAAUGACCUGACCACACUUGUGUGCACAUCUGUAAACUUUAAACGCAGCUCUUGGAAUGAUCCCACCUAUCGCAGACGUAUGUCGAGAACUAUUUUCACUGCGGGAGUGUGCAGCUGUGAGCCCUCGUGUCACUUUCUCUCACAAGCACACGCCCUUUAUCCAUACAGCAAAGCUCAGCAAUUGGGUCUUGGCCAAACCUUUGAAUUGAAUACGGACACAAAGUUGUUCAGUCAGCACAAAACUCCCCAGUUCAUAGCAGCACUCACUCUCUGUCUCGCCACCCCCCCCUCAUUUUAGCUCUUGAUUUUCAAAGUGGGCCCCUGGAGGCCCCCCUCACACCCUGUCCCUCCUCUUCCCCCCGUGCUGGGGAAGCAGCAGUUUCGGGCCAAAUUGAGAUUAUAUCCAGGAUAAAAUCGAUCCAUCGUCCAGACCACCUGUAACCACCGCCACCACCAGCAAAGUCACUCUUCUGUCUGUUUCAGCUUCUUUUCCCUUCACACUCUGAACAUGACAGAAACAAUACGUUUUGCUGUGGCUUUAUUCCAGCAGAAAUAAAAAUAUAAAAAGGAAUAUAGGAAAGAAAGAAAAAACAUAAAUCUGCAGGAUGUGUGGAGACAGUUGGAAUCAGGAAUCGAAGCUAGAGUAUGAAGUUAUUUUUCAAAUCUUGUGGUACAGCAGUUGGACACGUGUUUCACCGCUGUGGCGAGGUGGUGGAUACUUCCAAAGAGCGCAGCACUGUUGAUUGUGUCAGAAAUGAGUCGAGAUUUGAGGGAAUCUUUGUAUAUGUUCUAAUUGUAAAACUUGUACAUUUUAUUUAUAUUGUUUUUUUUUUACACAUAUUACUCAGUAGAGAGCUCUGAAUACAUCGGAAAUGCACUAUAUUUUUAUAUCUCGCAGAUGAAUUAUUGUCACCCACACAAUUUCAGUUGUACAUAAUUUCUCAUUUAGGACCAAAGACAGUUGAUAGGAACUCCAUCUUUACUUUGACUUUGUCUUUAUUUUGCCUUUUAGUUGGUUGUACAGUGAUACAAAUGGUCAAUGUAUUAUUUAUUUUUCUGUGAUGAAAGUAUUGAGAAUAUUCACUGGUCAAAUGUAUUUUCCCCGACAGAAGAAGAAUCAUUUAAUUAGACAAAUUUCUUGUUACAUAGACAAUUCUUUUUGCUUUGUAACCUUUGUAAUAGACUGUACAUAUAUUUUUGGAAAUAUAAUACAAUCUCUAUAGAA